CCGGUCGCAGCUCUUACUGGUCGCUUCCGGUGAGGAAACAUGGCCGCGGCCGUUCGGGACUCACGUGUGGGUGCAGGGAAAAAGCUGAAAAAUUCACUGAAGAAGAAGAAGAAGAUGAAAAUGGUAGCCAGAGCAGUAUCUUCGGAGUUGGAAGAUGAGGGCAAAGACGCUGCCAACAGUGGAGGUUCUGUAAGAAGCUGUGGAUCAGAAAAGGAUGACUUUUCUUCAGAUGAUGAAGCAGUGGAAGCUGACAAUGAAGAUGAAGUUGAACCGUGUGGCAAUGGAAAUGAACAUGCAGCUGAAGCUAGUGUUGGAACUAACGUGGGCUGGGCGGAUGCCAUGGCUAAAAUUCUUAACAAAAAAACUCCUAAAAGUAAACCCACUAUUCUGGUCAAAAACAGAGAGCUGGAAAAGGAAAAAGAAAAGUUAAAGCAAGAGAGACUAGAGAAGAGAAAACAGCUUGAUAAGAAGCGGGAAUGGGAAAUGAUGUGCAGAGUAAAGCCAGAUGUUGUCAAAGACAAAGAAACAGAGAGAAAUCUUCAGAGAAUUGCAACAAGAGGUGUGGUACAGUUAUUUAAUGCUGUUCAGAAGCACCAAAAGAACGUUGAUGAAAAGGUUAAAGAAGCUGGAAGCUCUAUCAGAAAACGUGCUAAGUUGAUAUCGACUGUUUCCAAGAAAGAUUUCAUCAGUGUUCUGAGAGGGGUGGAUGCAAGUACAAGUGAGAAAAGUUCGACUGGAAAGAACUUGAAAGCCAAACAGACUGAAAUGAAAUCAGAAGAGGGCCCUGGAUGGACAAUCUUACGUGAUGAUUUCAUGAUGGGAGCGUCCAUGAAAGACUGGGACAAAGAAAGUGAUGGUGCGGAUAACAGUGAGCCAGGGUCUGGGAGCGACUCGAAUACAUAAGAUUGUAGAGGAAACACAGCAUACAAUCAUUCUAUUUUUCCUAGAAAAAUACUCUGUGCUUUCAAAGGUCUGUGGCUCUGAAGCUAUCAUUUGUAGAAAGCCAAAAGACUUUUACUAUUACCAACUUUGGUGUUUUCUCUUUUCAUGAAAACUUUGUUAAAUUAGGUUUCUCAAACCUUGUAUAAUUUUAAGCAUUGUUUUUCAGACAUUUGUAAAAAGAAGUAUUUCUGCUUAACCAGCGAGAUGCACAUUUUGCCUGGAUCAUUAUAAGUUUACAUAUUGGUCAUGGAUAUUGGUAUUUUGUUUCAGUAUCACCAGUUUCUAGAAGUGCAGUGCUUUUCAUAAUUAAAAUGAACUCCUUGAAGUUAAUAUUUUUCAGCUUUCCAACUUACUGGUCCUAUGUGUUUGUGCUUUUGUGAGGGGAAUUAUUGGUAUUUGUUUUGGUGAGCUAUUGAGAAACCUAUGUAGUGAAAUUUAAAAUGAUAGUAUUUCUGAUUCAGGGUGAUAAUUUCAUUUUUAGAACUCCUGGUAAAUAAGAUUUAAGAAACACACCAAAUCUCUACUUUUCUAUUAUGUCCUUUUAUAUACUAAAACAUAUAUAAGUGUUACGUUAUUUUUGUAUGAGAAAUUUACUGAGGUAGAAAUUCUCAUGUUUAACUUAUGCAGUGAGGCAUAAUUUCUUAGAAAGCAUAUUUGACAUGUUUUAGGCUCUCCCCUCCCCCAGCUUUUCCCUAAUAUUUGAGUUAGCUUAAAUUCUCUUUUAUGGUUUGACUGGCCAGUGAAGUGAUAGAGUUAGACUGCAGGUAGUCUGCAUCAGAAUACUCCCAUCUGUUUGUAGAUUUGGUUCCUUAUUGUUCCCUUAAAGAUGAUUAAAUUGGGUGACUUAGUAUCUAGAUGUUAAACAAAAAGAAGUAAGACUGUUGAAUAUAAUUCCAAAAUUUCUUUGCGACUAGGUCUAAGAUCUAAAGUUUAUAAAGGAAUUGUUUAAUAAAUGUGAUCUGUUCCUUUUAAAAAAGGGAUCCAUUCCUUUUCCCAUCUUUCCAUAAUAAAAAUCAUUCCCUUCUACUACUCAUUUGCACAUAUUUGCAUCCUCCCCUCAAGCUUAUGCUGGAGCAGAGAUGUUUAUAUUUUCAAACCCAUUUGAGUGUUAACAAGUAUUACAUAUCCAAGGUUAAAUUAGUCCCUGGCCUGGUAUUUGUUAUCAUAAAGGAAGAUGCACACCUAAGAUAUCAAGUGAUAUAUUUUUGUAUUUAUCCCAACUUUUGAACUUCAGUGUUUUAUUAAAUUAUAGAACUACCAUUUUGUCAGGGUAAUAUAAAUAAAUGUGAACAAAUACUCCUUCAAAUAAUAAGAGUGCUAACUAUCACGAUAUAACUUAACACAGGUGAAUAUUUUAUUAUAACUGAACAUAUACGUAAUUUUGAAAAAGAAAAUUCUUUGAGCAGUUAUAAACUUUUUCUCCCCAGAAUUAAAGAUUAUACUUCUUUUUUGCUCUUAAUCUUAUUCUGGAUCAUGUUAAAGCUUUGCAAAAUUCUUCUGAAUAGUACAUUUGAAUGACAGAAAUGGGUAAAUAACUUUUUAUUUACUAAAAUGUUUUUGAAACAUAAACUCACAUAGUUUUUGGUUUAAUUUAGAAAAAUUGGGCAAAAUUUUUUAACUGAAAAUAAGGAAGAGAACUUAUGCAGAUUUUCUUCUUUCAGAAAUUAUUUUAUUCCAAAAUAAAGACAAGUUGGUAGUAUAAGAAAAAAUUUUAUCACUUAUGUUAGAACACUAUAAAGCAUAUUCAAAGUACAUGAAAUAAUUUCUUUCAUAAAAAUGGGAUGUUUUAUAUGUAUUAGUAUUGCUGCAUCUUAGCUAUACACUAUGUAGGCAAAAUACCAUCACAUAUUAAUAUAAAUUCAAGGAUGAGCCUAUUAUUUUAGAAACUAAAUAUGUAUCUUGAGAUGAAUGUUUUAAAUAUUCUAGCUCUGUCACCUCUACCCUAAGUAUUUUACCUACAGCAUUUAAAUUCUUCUCACAUCAAUCAGAUAAAUCUGCAUCUAUUCUAUCUUCCUACAUUGUCUUUGAGUUAGGGAGAGACAAGAAAAAGAACCACAUUUCUAGAUCCUCCCUGCUUUAUCUCAAUAUAACAAUAUUUGGUUUUUAUUUUUGUUAACUAGAGUAAUAUAAUAAUAAAAAGGUUAUUUUUAUUUGUUUAGAAAGACUAUGGGAAAUGGUAACUAGUAAUAGGUAUUAUCCUGUCCCCUUAUCUGGAUAUUUAGGUGGCUGUGGUGAAUGUUCUCAAUAUUUAGCAUAGUUUAGUAUUGGUUAUUAGUUGUUUUUAGGCAUUGAACUCUCAAAGUCAAAAUUAAUACCUGUUUUCGGCUGAAAACACUUAGAAUCAUCUUAGUAGUUUAGCACUUUAGUUUGGAGUCAGAGUACUGAAUUUAUUUUCAAAUUACUUAGAAUUCUACAUAGAUCAAGUAUUAUUCUACUCAUUGAAAAGCAUACCAUGGAAGCCCUUUAGAUGGAAUGGUCUGAAGGCUCACCUUCAGUACUCAGAGCUGAAAAUGACUCAGGAGGAGGUUCCGGAAGGUUUAUUUGAGGGUAAGUCCCAAGUUCUUUAAAAUAUUUUGUAUGUUUUACAAGGGAGUGAAAAGGGAAUGUUUAUAUUCCGGGAAACCUCUUAGGGCUCUUGGUCAUUGUGUUUUGCAUCUAUGAAUAGACUUAAUAUUCAGUGGCCACCAACUAUUCCUGCCUCCAGGACUGGUCUUCUGGCGGUGAGAAUACAGUACUUCAUUACAAAGCCAUUUGAUUACAGUCCAUAGAUGCCUAAAGAUGUCCUACUUAAACAUAUAAUAGCUGAGACUUCCCGAGUUCAAAGUGUGAACAGAAGCAUAGACAAACUGAAGAUGUAAAUCGUGUUGCUAAGGAGUUAAAGAAUUUGUAAGGCCUAAGAAAAUUCCUGUAACGGAAUCCCCAAAGGGUGUAAGUAUUUCUAUGGAAGAGAAAGGAGGAGGUCAAAUAAAUAAGGCAAUACUUUGGCAAACUUUGGAUAAUUUUUUUUGCUCCCUAUUUAUCUUUACUUAUUUUUUGUUAUUUUUAUCAUAGAUUUUAACCAAUCUAUGUGCUGAAAAGAGUCAUAAGUGAAAUGGGAUGGAAGUUUUAUUUCUUCAGGCUUUUUAAUGACUUUAGAGUACCAUUAUUGUGUUUAGGAUGUUGAUGUGUUUGUGCAACAUGAAUUUCACUUUUAAAAUAAACAUCUGAGGGGCACCUGGGUGAUGCA